AUGUUCGCCUUCAGGAGUCAACCACUCAAGGCGCUGUACCUGCUCGUCUUCGUACCAUUCACACUAUUCGUGCGUCUGCCCUACUGGGUUCUCGUCUCCACGAUUCCUGCAUUCAGGCCGCGGAAGACAUGGUCCAUGAAGCGCGCCCUCAGCCUCUACAUCGUCACUACCAACAAUAACUUGACUUACACGACCGGGUUCAGCGCGCUUCCGGGUAAUCCGGAAAAGGAGAGCGCCAAACCAGAGACCACUGGCUUUGCGUGGGUCGAUGCCGUGCCCGACGACCUCGUCACCGGCGAGUUGGCCGAGUUCGCCCGUCGAAACCAAGUGGCGCCCGCGAGGAUCUACGGAUAUUGGUAUGGUGCUCGUGGCGAGCAUGGCAAGCCCGGGCAACACGCAGGCAAGAACGAGCGCGUCAUAUACUUCAUUCAUGGCGGAGGUCAUGUGAUGGGCUCGGCACAUCCAUCCAAUGUGUGGAGGGGUAUCCCGGAUGGAUUCGUUAGCUAUUGUGCCACCGUUGCCAAGCGAGUUUUCUCGCUCGAGUACCGUCUCUCCUCCUCCGCACCGUACAAGCCCGAGAACCCGUUUCCCGCUUCAAUGCUUGACGCGCUAUCGGGCUAUCGCUACCUGAUAGAAACUCUGGGCUUCGAAACGCAGAACAUUAUCCUCGUGGGCGACUCUGGCGGUGCGCAAACUGCAAGCAACCUGGUGCGCUACCUCAUCAGCGCCCGCCUGCCCGGCCUCGUGCCGCCUAGUGCACUCGUCCUGCUCUCGCCGGCGAUGGACUGGGGCAAUACCCACCUCGGCACGCCCGCCCCGACGAUGGACACAAAUAUCGCAACAGACUUCCUCCGCCCAGUGAUGCUGAACGGGUACAGCGCGACGAGCAUGCGGGGCAGCCUUGACGCGGGCGAGCUCGAGACGAACCCGUGGCUGUCGCCGGCGUCGCUCAAGCUAGCGCGCACGGAUGGCCUGUGGGCGAACUUCCCGCCGACGGCGAUCGUCGCCGGCGACGCAGAGCACAUGGUAGACAGUAUGCGCACACUCCGCGACCGCCUCGUGCACGACAACGGGAAGGAUAGAGUCACGUAUUUCGAGUAUCCCGAUGUGUUCCACGACUGGGUGUUGUUGCCGUGGAUUGAGCCCGAGCGCAGCCAGGCCUUUAACGACCUGAGGAAGUGGCUGGAAGGCGUGUACGGGAUGUGA